AGUGAAUAUGUGUGGGUUCAACCAGGGGGGAGGGAUACUUUGGAAUUUUUUUCCCAAAUGGUGAUUUUGGAGCUUUAGUGAUGCUGGUUCACCGUUCAUGGGAUUUAAAUUAAAGUGUAUUGAAGGAGUUGUGUUAGAUCACAACUAAUUACAUUUUUUCUCACAUACUAACUCGUACAUUCCAGUGUAAAGUGUAAAAACAUUUAUAUUAAUUACUAAUUCCUAAGAUCAAGAUUUUGCAUACAGAUGAAAUAAAGUUUCACAACAGUAUAUACAACAGUUAAAAAAAAAAAAAAGCUUCAUCCGUGUCAGCUGCAGACCUAAAGCGGCUUAUACCUUCAUGCAUCAGUCAGUAAAAGUAAUAAAAUGCUCUUUAUUAAUUGUUAAUAUUCAAGUAAAAGUCGGAAAACCAAAAGUGCGCUGCCCAAGUAAAACAUCUCCCGUCCCUAUAGGAACUGUACAGCGUAAACUAAACUGAAAGAGGAAAAGGUACGGGAAAUAAAAAAAUGUAUGUCUUUUCCUGCUAAAUUUAAAUUCAAUUUUAUAUAAUCAGGAGAACUCAUGAGCAAAAAUCUACAGGAAAACAGCCAGAAAAUAAUGAGUCAAACCUCCAAUGCGCCAAUGUGUUUCUGUACCGUGCAUGUCUUUUACUCCCCAGUGGCUGCUUUGACUUGGACUGAUUUUAAUUCUCAUGGACAGCCUCAGAUGAACCAGACACUUUAAAAAAAGAAGACGUGUGAUAUAGAGUGAGGGGGUGAAGGAUAAUAACAUGAAGAAAAAGUACCUUAAGAAAAAAAAGUCAAGGCAGGGGACAGUCCCCCCUUCUUUGUCUCCUCUCUCUCUCUCUCUCACACACGCACUAACAAGGAAGGUGAGGCGGUGACUGACACUCAAAAGUCUGAAUAUGUGUGCUGGAGCUGCAGAGAGCGCUCGACCCGGCUUGCUUAAGGACGAACAAAAAAAGAAGAAAGAUUAAUAGAUAAAGGUGGUGCAAGGGAAAAAAGAAAAAAAAAAAGAACAGCGCGUGUCAUAAGACGCGAGAGACAAAGUGACAGGAAAAGUGAGUUUGUGAAAGUGGGACAGACGUCUGAGACAAGUGGAGUGAGGAUGAUGCGAGCCCAAAUCGAAGUAAUCCCAUGCAAAAUCUGUGGUGAUAAGUCCUCCGGAGUGCAUUAUGGAGUCAUCACUUGUGAAGGUUGCAAGGGAUUUUUCCGGCGCAGCCAGCUUCCCACAGUGUCCUAUUCCUGCUCCAGGCAAAGCAACUGUCAGAUCGACCGGGCCAGUCGCAACCGCUGCCAGCACUGCCGCCUGCAGAAGUGCUUGGCUCAAGGCAUGAGCCGGGAUGCCGUGAAGUUCGGCCGGAUGUCCAAACGGCAGCGGGACUCCCUGAUCGCUGAGGUCGAGAGACACCGUCAGCAGCAGCAGCAGCAGCAGCACCUUCAGGGAGACACCCAGUCCGUGUUGGCCUACUCCUCCAAGAACCGCCAAGACCGCUCCCCGCAGCUCCUCCAGCCCAUGGCCUCGGCCUACUCCUACAGCGGGGACGCUGAGCUGCUGCCCUACGCCGCCGACGUUCACUCUUACCUGAUGUGCUCCCCCAGCGAAUCGCAGGUGUCUGGCAUGAUCUACCGAGGCUCGGGCGUCUCUCCUGCCUCGAGAGUGAGGGGGGACAGCGGCGUGCAUCCUGACAUUAGAGGAUUUGACUCCAGGCAGCAAACUCAUGAUCUGAUGGCAAUUCAUUCCUACAACCCUCUUGAGGAUCCCUACAGCCACUAUCCUCACUCUCUGCGAAAUAUAGAUGAGCUGUGUGCCAGCAUCGUGCGUUCCCACAGAGAGACCAGCCAGUACAGAGUGGAGGAGCUGCAGGCCCUCAGGUGGAAACUGUUCAACAGAGAGGAGAUUCAAGUCUACCAGAACAAAUCAGUGGAUGAGAUGUGGCAGCACUGUGCCAUCCGACUGACUGACGCCGUGCAGUAUGUGGUGGAGUUCGCGAAACACGUCCCAGGUUUCCGUAUGCUCAGCCAGAACGACCAGAUUGCCCUCUUAAAAACUGGCUCCAUGGAGGUGGUUCUGGUCAGGAUGAGUCGGUUCUUUAACACAGAGAACAACACUGUGUUCUUCGACGGGAAAUUUGCUGGAACCGAAGUCUUCAAGUCUUUGGCAUGUGGCGACUUAAUCACGGCAGUGUUUGACUUUGCUCAUGAUAUGUGCGCCCUAAAGCUCAGUGAGCAGCAGAUCGCUCUCUUCAGUGCUCUGGUGCUGAUCAAUGCAGAUCGUCCUUGUCUGGAGGACAGAGUCCGAGUCCAGCGAGUGCAAAGAAGCGUGGAGUUAGGCCUCACACACAUCCUACAUCGGGACAACCAAGAAAGUCUGAUGCAUAAGCUGUACCAGAGGAUGGCAGUGUUGCGUUCACUGUGCAGCCUGCACAUGGAGAAGCUGCGCUGGUUCAGUCAGCGGUACCCGCACACCGCUCACUCUCUGUUUCCUCCACUCUACAAGGAACUGUUUGCCUCUGAGGCAGAGCUGUUGCCAGCGGCCGCUCACUGAUGACAGUCCCAAACACGCACACACAUACACACGCACGCACACCGUCAUUACUUCCUGACAGAAUCUAUUUUUCUAAUAAUGAAAACAAAUAAAAUAAAAGCACAGUAAUCAUAGAUGACUUCCAGCAUAGCCUUUUCUGGUAGACGAUGUUAAAACGUACAUUUGAAUAUUUGAAUAGACUGAAAUUAUUUUUUGAUUAUGCAAGGGAAACAUUUUGAUGUUCUUCUCGUCAGCGGGGAUUGAUUUUCUCUCAGGAUGUGCUGUUGUGUUUCUGUAAAGCUACUGUGUGUCACAGUGUGUUCGGACAUACAGAUUCAAAGAGGCAGGAAACUGGUCCUUGUCGAGUGAAGCUUUAAGUUAAAUAUCUGUCUGUCAAAUAUCGAACACUGAACUAAAAUAUCACUUUUGAAAAGUUUGUAGCUUUGUCAUAGCUCGACUCAUUGUGGAUGUCAAUUUGGAUGAACAGUUGAUUUAGUUUUAUGCGUUAUGCUAUAUAUAAGUGUUAAAACACAAAGACAUGAUAAUAUGACAAAUGAAAUAAUUCAUUACUCAUUGCCACUUAUCCUGUAGAGGGUAUUGGGUGGGGCUAAGCAAGAGACAGGUUGCCACUAGUUGUCCUAACAUGCAUGUCUUUUGGAAUAUGGGUGGAAACCAGAGCACCUGGAGAAAACAAGCGCAGGGAGACAAUGCAGACUUGUUGUGAUGUGACAGUCAUAACCGCUGCGCCACCGAGACACUUCAUAAUAACCAUAUUAAGCAAUGAUAAUAAUCAUAAUAAUGAUGUACUACUACAGAGACUGGCACAGUUUCACAGAUGUUCUUCUCCACAUCCCCAUCUCCUCUUUAGAUCUGUUCCAUAUUUAUCACGAGGAUAUCAAACUGCUUUUUUAGUGUUCAUGCAGAGCCCCAUUGAACUUGUGCAUAUUUGCUCUCCUACUGCUUCUUCUCUGGCUUUCUGUUUCAAAGAAAACUUUGGCUACGGCGUUUCUUUAACACAAAUGAAAGCUCAGAAUCUCGAAUAACCGAGAAACAACCUCUUUGUAUCUGUAUGUCUCUAGAGAAGUGUUUUCUCCUCAGGCUGAUGUCAAAGAUUGACCAAUAAAUCCCAGAGCGCAGCAGUACCACUAAAAUAUUCUAAUUUUGUUUAAAUAACUCUUCACUGGCUUUUAUAUAUUUGGAGCUUUGGAGAUAUGUCGCAUUAAAUGUAGAAAUACUAUUCUGUUAAGUGUCGCAGAUACAGUAGCAAACUCUCCCUCUGUGUGGCUAAGUUUCCUCUUUCUCUAACUUGCUUUUAUUAUGUUGUCCGUGCAGAUUUUUGAAUAAAGGCGCAAGUAAAGAAGUGUUUUCAGCAUUAUAUUAUCAUAAACCUCAUUGAUUGUUAAUAUUGUCUGUCCUGAUGUAGUCCUCUCUGUUCGUGGAACGGUUGAGAUUUUAAUAAAAAAGUAAUUUCCUGUAAACCUUCUAAUAAACUGCUGCCGUUGUGAUACCGA